UUAAUAAAGGUGAAUUAAUUUCGCGUACAGGUCUAGAAAUCUCUAACUUAAUUUUUUUGUAACAAAAUGUUUUUAGACCGAGUGUAUAAAAUGUUACGUUUAAUAAAAAGCAAAACAUUAAAAAAUGUUGCUGAUUGCUGCAACACUUCUGCAGUUCGAAGAUUCUCAUUACUCAGCCAUGUGUCAAAGAAAAAGCCCAACACAACUCAAGUCAUUCUGUCAAAUUUGCGUCAUCGUCAGAUGUCCUCUUUAACAAAGCAAUCUUCAGACACUUUACUUGUUGCAGCUGGUACUGGCAUUCUAGUAGCAACCUGUGCCGCUGCAUAUUUGUUUUCGAACACUGAACAUGUUCCUGAUAAAAAGGAUCACCAGCAAAACGCAGAAGAAAAGUCUGAAGUAGUUGGACAAAUGGACUUUGAUAGUGAAGAACAUUCACAGGACGAAGAUCAGGCAAAAACUGCAGAAGUGAUCCCUUUUCCACCUAUACAAACUCCUGAAAGUGUACCAUACUUGAUUAUUGGUGCUGGUACAGCAGCUCAUGCUGCAUAUAGAGCGAUUAAAAAGAACCACAAAGAUGCAAAGAUUUUAAUUAUUGGCGAAGAGAAUGUGUUACCUUACAUGCGACCUCCUUUAUCGAAAGAAUUAUGGUUUAAUGAAAACCCAGAUGUGGCAAAUUCUUUGGUGUUUAAAUCGUGGAAUGGAAAAGAACGAAGUGUAUUUUUUGAAGAUGAGUCAUAUUACGCUGAGCCGAAAGACCUGACAUCAAAUGAUGAUGGUGGAGUAGCUGUAGUGACCGGCAGAAGGGUAUCAAGUAUUAAUGCAGAGGAGCACAGUGUAACAUUAAAUAGCGGAGAAAAAAUUAGUUACGAAAAACUUCUUAUAGCUACAGGAGGUCAACCGAAAAAUCAUCCUGUUUUUUCAAAAGCUGGGAAAAAUGUCUCGCGUCGUACAACUUUGUUUAGAAAUGUUUCAGAUUUUCGUGAACUGCAUAAGAAAUUGAAGUCCUCUGAUAGUAUAGUUGUUGUUGGUGGCGGAUUUCUUGGUAGUGAAUUGGCUUAUGCCUUAGCUGCAACAGAGAAGAAGAAAAAAGUGAUGCAGAUAUACGGCGAGGAUGGAAAUAUGGCGAAAAUACUGCCACGUUAUCUCAGUGAAUGGACUACUAAAAAAGUAAAAAAAGAGGGUGUUAAUGUCGUUGCAAACAGAACUAUCACAAAGGCAUGUUGUCGAAAUAAUCAAGUUGAAAUUCAAUUGGAUAAUGGAGACAAGGUUGUAGCUGAUCACGUGGUUGUCUGUGUUGGUAUUGAACCCAACAUAGAGUUAGCAUCGUCAGCAGGUUUAGAGGUCGAUCCUGAAAAUGGCGGCUUUCGCGUGAAUGCAGAAUUAGAAGCUCGAUCAGACAUUUGGGUAGCUGGUGACGCGUCAUGUUUCUAUGACAUUAAUCUUGGUCGCCGUCGUGUCGAACAUCACGACCAUGCUGUCGUUAGCGGAAGGUUAGCAGGUGAAAACAUGACUGGUGCUAAGAAAGUUUACAAACAUCAAUCCAUGUUUUGGAGUGAUAUAGGUCCGGAGGUUGGGUUCGAAGCCAUUGGAAUAGUAGACAGUGCUCUGCCAACUGUAGGGGUAUGGGCAAAGGCAACACCUGCAGAUACUCCUAAAGCAGCUUCAGAAGCCACUGGUGAAAGCAUACCAUCUGAAAGAGAAGAAGCAGUUGAACAAUCACCGGUUGCAUCGUUGACUGUCACCACUUCGGCGAGCGACGAAGAAGAGUUUGGGAAAGGAGUAGUGUUUUAUAUGAAAGAGAAGAAGAUUGUCGGAGUCUUGUUAUGGAAUAUAUUUUCACUAAUGCCUGUUGCGCGUCAAAUAAUUUCUGAUGGAAAACAGCAUGACGACUUAAAUAGUGUUGCAAAACUUUUUAACAUCCAUCAGUGAUGCACAAUGAUCACGUGAAGUGGUUUAAUAAACAACGAUUUUAGUUAGAUUCGGCUGACGGUUAAAAAUAAUAGCAGAGAAAACAAUCGAAAGUUAUGGCCAAAAACUUUUCAAUCAUCUAAAAAAUUACUUAGCUCUACAUUUUUUGUAUUGUAAAUUGUAAAUUUGUUUCUAUUAAUCCGGAGUCAGAUUAAACUCGCUUAAUUGGCUAAA